UGCUGUUUUCAUUAUGUCUGGACCUGUUACACUAGAUCAACCGUUUCCAACAAACGCUGAGUAUCCAUUCGAUGUUUAUCAUCAACCUUUAAGAUCUAUUAUCUUUAUACAGCAGACUAUAGCUUGCGUGCAAGGUGCUGCCCAGCUAUGUAUGAAUAUUUUUAUGGCGCUCUUAAUAUGGUUUACGUCGGCAAGACUUGAAAUACUCAUCGAAAAACUGCAAAGAAUCACAAACAUUUCUGAAUUAAAAAAAUGUAUUCAAGAACAUCAAAAUCUAUUAAAAUAUGCGGAAGAAGUGACCAUUUUAAUUCGUCCUAUAGCAUUAUCAACUGUGAGCCUCAGUACUAUCGCACUAAUAAUAGUAGGCCUCAUUUUAUUGACUGAUCAGCCGUUGUCAAUGAAAAUCCAAUGCGUUGGUAUAAUGUUUAGUGGAUUAUCAGUGGUAUUCAUGUAUACGUGGCCAGCAGAACAUUUGAUUCAUAUAAGUGAUGAAAUUGGACAAGCAAUCUUUGAUACGGAAUGGUAUCAACAAUCAAUCGCUCUAAGGAAGACUCUACACAUAGUUAUGUUAAGGGCUCAAAAACCAAUAAUUAUCUCAGUACCAUGUGUUAUGCCCGCAUUAUCUUUAAAAUACUAUGCAUCGUAUUUGUCGACUAUAUUUUCCUAUUUCACAACGCUUCGAGUAACCAUGCAAAAUGUUUGAGAUGGAAUGAGCAAAAACAUAUGCUGAUAAAAUUGGAAAAUAUUCA